AUGUCCAACAUUAAUCUUCCUUUGUCAUAUCCCACCGAGGAUGGACCCCUACCCAACUCGAAGGGCCAUGCGCCCGAAGGAAUGUCGUCAACAUCUCAUCUCCUGCCAACCUCGCUCCCACCACCACCUCCUCCUGGCGCAUAUCCGGAUAAUCCACCGAGACACAUGAAUUAUGAAGGCGCGCCUUCUAUGCCUCCAACACCGGGUGGCUAUCGUGCGCCCAGAUUCCUACAGCCUACUCCCGUACCUCAUCAGACGCCCUAUGAGCAACAUGGAGAUUGUCCUUCAAACACUCAGGAACCCUUCUAUGAUGGGUAUUCGUUGCCCGUCCUGGCUAGAAAGAAGAACACGCGAGCUUAUCAGGCGUGUGAGAGUUGCCGGCGACGGAAACAUAAAUGUGAUGAGCAGAUACCAUGCGGAAUGUGCUCGGGAAAGGGCGUGGAAUGCAAAUACCGUGACCCAGUCCUUAAGCCCACGGACAAGGCUCAGGCCGAUAUCCGGGAUGGUCUCAAUACAGUUCUGGCUUCACUUGAUUCGAUCAUGUCGCACCUGGGGCGCUUGGACCAGAGAUUGACUAAUAUGGAAUCCCUCUUGCACCAGCAUAUCGCGACAUUAACUCCAACGACAGAACCAUCAGCGGACGACGAGUACAAGUGCGCGCCAGCAUCGCCUUACGUGGCUAACGGCGCUUCUGCCGACCAUUGCUACGCCGAUCCUUACCGCAAUCACACCUCAUCGGAAUCUAUGCCACUUCGUAUGAUGGCUGAAGAUGAGAUGGAGGUUGAGCCCGGUCCACCUGUUCCCCCUGGUGAGCCUGCUAUCCCUAUUAAUCACACGACGUUGGCCGGACUGCUGUUGGAAUGGCCUUCCAUUCGGGAGCUUACAAAACACCACGUUGAGCGCGAAGGUGUCCGAUUCAUCAGCGAAUACCCCACCAGCCAAGAACAAAACAGAGGUGUUAUGAUGGUUUAUGGGCAAGGUGAAGAUGCUCACCCAUCGCGACAAGUUCGAGAACCGACCGACCAUGGCAACUUGGACAUGGCGGACGAUUCAUCCGAUACUGCAUCUCCUUCACCAGCGGCUGAUUGGGGCCAGCUUGGUGGACUCAGCCCUCCUGAUCAAGUGGAAUACAAGGGAGGCGUUUUGGUUGAUGGCAAUCCCGAUUUCUCUGAGCCGAAAGUGUGGGCGUAUGUGGAAAGUUUCAAGAAAAACAUUCUCAACAUGCACCCUAUCAUUGAGCCCAAGAUUUUAGACAGUUGGGUCAGGCACUUUCUGGAUAACCUCCCAGCAUCACAGCCACGUCCAGCGAAACCACAAACAUCAAAGCCCACCUUUGACGUUGGAGGAGGCUCGCAGACGGAAGAAGUGGCAGGCUCAAAGAGAAAACGACCGCCAGGGCCGGAUGGCUCCGAGCCACCACCACCCGCGCCAUCUCGCACCGGUCGACCAGAUCGGUCCAUCCACACCGCUCUGGUUCUCACGGUUCUGGCUCUGGGCAGCGUUUGCCUUCACCGCGAUAAUGUCCCUGAUGCUGUCCUUCGCAAUGGAGCCAUCCCGCCGCCGUCCGAUCGACGCCCUCGCCGGCGAUGUUCGUCCCAAUCGCACUCGUCGUCGGGUCUGCCCUCGCCGAAGGAGGAAGGGGAUACGAAACUUGACGACCGUCCAUUAUUCCGUGGCGUGGGUGCUUCCAGCGCUGGUAGCAGCCCUACGAAAAACUACGAGGUGAUUCCUGGCUUAGAAUACUUUGCAUAUGCUACGGAUAUCCUUGGCAACCACACUGGCGCGUACAGCAUGAAUAAUGUGUACGCCAACAUCUUUGCUGGGAGCUUGGACAAAAUGAGACGAAUCAAGCGCAACAACGAGUUCAUUCAGGAAACCAAGUACAACCAAUUUUCUCUCGCAUUCUGGACCUGCCUGCAGUUAGAAAGUGAUAUCAUUGCAGAGAUGCAACUCCCUCCAUCAGGCCUGCUCUCGCACGAAGAUGAUAUGCCGCACCCCAACAUGAGUCUCUUGCAAGGGUUCGACCAGCGUAUCCUGGACAGCUACCCAGGCCAGCUAUAUCUACGAACUCAUCUCAACAGCAUCCACCGCAUGUUCUACGCUCCCGAGGAUCCGGCCAAACCAGGCAAGGAUAAGUUUGGAAAUGUUGGCGUUGUUUCUGAUGCUGUCUCGGGCAUGCAUUGGGUCGCUCCCAGUUUCGCAUUCAGAGAGGAUGAUCCACCCGCAGAUGAUAUUCUGGCAGCGAGAUUGCGAGCAAAGUACUGGGGAGCCCAGGUGAUUACUUACCGCCCAUUCAUCCAACAAAUUCUGCAGUUCUCGCACUCUAUCAAGAACCAUGCAUCGAGCCCCAACUUUCCCAGCGUCGACUCCGAGUUUCGACAGGAUAUCACUGCACCUGCCAUGCACCCCAAAGCCAGAACGCAUGGCGAUAUCGAUCCUCAAGUUGUCGAGUUGGCCAAAAAGGGCAUCAAGGCGCUUAUCGAGAGCACCCGUGCCUUCCAUGGUCUCGGAGACAAGAGGCCGAUUAUCACCAAUAUUUUUGGCACAGCUCACGCGCAAUGGGGCAACCUCUUAAUCUUAUCAGCUGCAUUCUGUGAUCCAAUCCUUUGCACUUACGUGGAUGAAGAACUCCUCCGAACACUGUUCCACAAGACGAUCCAGUUCUUGCGACAGUCGGCAACAGCAACGAGCGCACUUCGAACGGACAUGCAUAUUCUCGAAGGCCUGCAGAGAGAUCUUUUCAGCUAUGAUCAUGAUCCUCGGACCAGCUGGAGCUUCUCGAGCGGCACAAGCGCACCUAGCUGCCAUACUCCAAGGCCUGGUCCCAUGGCUGCGCAGCCUCGGAUGCCUCAUCAAAUGGGCGACCAAGGGCAUCUAAGAUCCAUGCCUCACCAUUUACAGAUGAACCCAUCGCACCGGCAGUGA